AUGGAGCUCACUAUAACGCAACCUGAUGAUUGGCAUCUUCACCUCCGUGAUGGUUCUCUUCUUGAAGCUGUCCUCCCUGACAGUGCUAAGCAUUUUGGAAGGGCUAUAGUAAUGCCAAAUUUGAAACCACCCAUCACUACCACGUCUGCUGCUGUCACUUAUCGAGGGUCCAUUUUGAGAGCAGUACCUAAAAAUAGCAACUUCACUCCUCUCAUGACACUUUACCUCACAGACAUGACUACGCCUGACGAGAUUAAACUUGCAAAAAAAAGUGGACUUGUUUAUGGUGUGAAGUUGUAUCCUGCUGGUGCUACUACGAAUUCCCAGGAUGGUGUUACAGAUCUUUUGGGAAAUUGUUUUUCUGUUCUCAAGGAAAUGGCUGAACAAAAUUUACCAUUAUUGGUUCAUGGAGAGGUUACAAAUUCAGACAUAGAUAUUUUUGACCGAGAAAAGGUCUUUAUUGAAUCAAUUUUGGAGCCUUUAGUUCAGAGGCUUCCACAGUUGAAGGUUGUAAUGGAGCACAUUACUACCGCAGAUGCUGUUAAAUUUGUAGAGUCUUGUAAAGAGGGUUACGUAGCUGCAACUGUAACACCACAACAUCUUCUUCUGAAUCGUAAUGCUUUGUUCCAAGGUGGCUUACAGCCUCACAAUUACUGCCUUCCAGUGCUCAAAAGAGAGAUCCAUAGACAGGCUAUUGUUUCGGCUGUUACUAGUGGAAGUAAACGAUUUUUCCUUGGAACUGAUAGUGCUCCACAUGAGAGGCGUAAAAAGGAAUCUUCAUGUGGAUGUGCUGGCAUAUACAACUCCCCAGUAGCUCUAUCACUAUAUGCCAAAGUUUUUGAAGAGGCCGGUGCACUUGAUAAGUUGGAGGCUUUUACAAGCUUUAAUGGACCUGACUUCUAUGGCCUCCCUAGAAAUAAGUCAAAGAUUAAACUGAGAAAAGCUUCUUGGAAAGUACCUGAUUAUUUGUCAUUUCCAGUUGGAGACAUUGUUCCCAUGUUUGCUGGUGAAACCCUUGAAUGGGAGGCAUUGCCUUGUUGA